CGUCGAGUACGCACACCGCUUUUUUAAAGGGUGCUUUUUUGGAUUAGGAUAUACAUCACAUAUAUAAUAUAAUAUUAAUAUAUUUAUAUAUAAUAUAUAAAAGUAUACGAGAGGAGAUAUAAACGCUGGCUGUUAUUACGUUAUUUUAUCGUACGUUUCCUCGAUAACGAUUUUUUUUCAUUAUUUUUUUUUUUUUCCCCUUCGUUUCACACGCGUUUGGGAAAAAACGCGUUUGAUCGGAAAUUUUACUCUCCAAUCGCAGAUUUACCGAUAUUUAUGUAAAUCGCGAAACCAUCAAAUUUACGGAACCCGAUCAUUCCGUACGAAGGAUAAAUUCGUAUUAGUUUUCUUUAUUUUUUUUUUCUCUACUUUUCGUCAAAACGUGUUGAAAUUUUUUUGGUUUAACAAAAAUCUACGCGACGUACGAUCCGGCCCCGAACGACUACUCAUCAAAGAAGCUACGGAUUCCGUAUAGAAGACAAAGGACCGCCGACAUGUCGGCGUUGAGUGCCGGGAUGAGCCGACCCGGGGAGAUCAUCCUGUUCCUCGUUGCCAUAAUAUUAGCAGCCUGCUCCACGCGCGCUGCCCCUGUAUACGAACAAGAUACGACACAUAUCGCAGAAUACGAAGGAGAAACCGGCUGUUAUUACAACUUUCAACGCUAUCAAGAAGGCGAUAGAAUAGUAACGAACGAACCAUGCUUGAAUUGCACUUGUCACAACCGGAUGUUGAUGUGCUACCUGAGGGUCUGCCCCUUUACCAAAGCCAUCGGUCAAGAUUGUACGGUUGAAAAGCGACCAGAUCAAUGCUGUCCGAUAAUAACUUGCCCUGAAGUACCCGUUCAACUUCUGACCUCGACGACUAACUCACCGGCAACAAUUGGCUCAACGGAACUCGGUGCUCACGACAAUUACGGUUGCCGAGUCGAUCAAAAGUUCUACGCUGACGGUGCCCAGCUUCCAGUUGACCCCCGAAACCCUUGCGAACUUUGCUACUGCAUCAGGAACAGAACCACUUGCGUUAUGCAAGAAUGUACGCUCCGUGUCGCUGGAUGCAACCCUGUCUACUUGUCCGGAGUCUGUUGCCCAGUCAAAUAUAAUUGUGAUUAUGACGAAGACCAGUCUACUACCGUUGGUCCUCCCACUACCGGACUCAUCAUGACUACCACGGCUGCUCCAGGACUUCCUGUGCCCCAGUGCUACCAUGAAGGCAAGAUGUACGACGACGGACAGCUUGUCCAGUCAGACCGAGCCUGCAAACACUGCUACUGUUUCCACGGUGACAUAGUUUGCGCCGUUCAAAAUUGUGGUGUACCUAUGAAGACGUACGGCAAGAACUGCGUGCCAUUGCCUACUCCGGAGGGCAAAUGUUGUCCGACCGCGUACCAGUGCGAAGGUGACAGUGGCCCAACGCAAAUCGAUGACCAGCCGGACGAGUUUCCCUUCAUUCAGCAAGUCACGGAAUCGCCAUUUUCGGGCAUUGAAGGUCAGCACGAUGACGACGAUAUAACGCAACAGGUUGAAGAUGAUCAGCAAAAGCCAGUGGACGAUAGUCAACAACAGGAAGUCGACGACAGCCAGCAAACAGUUGACGCUUUCCCCGGUGCCGAUAAUACGAUCCCUGAACAACACGGAGACAAUGAAGGUUCCAUCGAAGGAACGAUUGAACAUGAACCCGUAAACGGAGACGACGUCACAUCACAGACCGUGAAACCAUUCGACGGAGGUGAUCUGCCCGCCGAAACUCCGACUCGCUUACCAAAUGGUGAGACGGACGACGACAACAUUGUGGAUCAUCCUACUGAGGCUAAUGUUGCCAAUCAAAAGCCGAAAGCCGAAGAUAAGCCCGCUGAAUCUACUGACGAAAAAGAGUCAAGUGAUAUUCCUUCACCUGAACAACCAGCAAUAUUCGGUGAAGAACAUACUCCGAAACCUGCGACAGAAGAUUCACAACACGAAGUGGCAGAACAUGAUGGUGAAGUAGAGACUCCAGCUCCUUCCGACGAAAUCAAUCCAGACGAUAAGGCGCAACCUGAAGUAAAUGUUCCUGAAACGAAACCAGAAGAUUCAGUUCAUGUCACGGAUGGACCUGUAUCCGAAGGUGAAAUUGCCGCUACUGGGGAAACACCCACGCAGGAAACUAUUAAGGAAGUGGAACAAGAACCAACGAAAGAAACAAUUGAUUCACAGGAUUCGAAUGUCUCCGAUGAAGACGACAUAAUAGAACCACCGGGAUCUGCAAUCUUUGGCCAGAAACUCCCAACGAAACCUGAAGGUGAAAAUGUAGAGGGGCCAGUCGAGCCCGCAGGCGAGGAACACAAGCCUCUGAAAACACCGGAACAAGAGCCUUCGGUCGUGCAAGCGACUGACGUACCUCAACAAACCGUCGAACCAGUUUCUGAAAUUGAGCCAACUCCAGCAGAAGAAGCAUCGAUCGACGAAACGAAACCAUCUACUGAAUCUGAAGAGAGUCCAGUUGAAUCUACAGGUCACCCAAUCGAAGAAGCACACACAGAAGAAGAAAGUGGGGAACACUCUCCGCCACGAGAAUCCAAGCCUACGGAUGAUUCAGUCCAUUUCCCCGGAGACAUUUUAUUCCCUGCAGAGGAACACGCUUCUUCGAGACCCGAUCUUCAGCCAACAACUUCAGAAAAUACUAAUGAUGCUGCCCCAACUGAGAGAUUACCCAGUGAAGAAGCUACCUUAAUUCCAGAUGGUCAAGAAGGCAAGCCAGAAAAAGAAGUCGAUACUGAACAGAAACCAACGGAAACAUCAAAGCCUGAGGAUGAAAAGCAAAUCGAUUCUAAAAUUUCAGAGGCAGAACCAACAGACGAGAAGCCCUCAACGGUAGAUCAACAUCCACCCAGUGUCAUCCCUACCGAAGACGAUAAGAUCGAACCAGUUAAAGAAACUACUAUUGACGAAGAUCAUCCAAUGGAGCCAGUAGUUGUUGACGAACAGAAACCAGAACCACCUACUGAAGCUGAUAAGCCAAACGAGUCAACAAUUUCCGAAGAAGAGCAUAAUAUUCCUGAACAAGGACCAACGGGUAUACCGAUUUCCGACCGUGUUCCGGUCCACAAGGCUGAAGACAAUGGUGCGGUAGAAGAAAUGCAUGUCACUGAAGUGUACGACGAGGUUCACCACGUCCAUAUUCCCGAUAGUUUGAUAAUUGAUCAGAAGCCUCCGGCGACCUACAUCCCACCCGCCGAAUCAACGGAACACCAUGAAGCUCCGAAUGAAGAACAAGAUUCUACUACUUCCAUCCCUCACGACGAAGUAGCAUUCGAAAAAGAAGAACCUGUAAGCCCAUCGACUGCCGAAGAGCAAGCAUCCCCGGAAACGAUUCCUGUGGGAAGUGAAAAUGAGGAGCCCAUCGAAACCGCUCAACAACCAACUGAAGCUGGCCAGACAGAAAUCCAGGAAGAAGUGAAACCCACUGACAGCACUAUCAUUAGUUCAGAAACUCCUGCUGUCUCGAUGGAGGAUCACGAUGGAAAACCAGAAGAAACCGCGCAAACGCCAAUCGAUGGUUCCAUUGAAGAUAAGCCAAUUGAAUCACAACAACCAGAUGAUGUAGAACAGCAUCAAGUAUCAUCUGAGGAUGGAAGUUUGCCAACAAAUGCUCCCACUGGGGUAGAACAACAGCCCUCUGAGCCAACCCCAAGUAGCAAUGAGGCUGACGCAGAAAAUGAAGAAAAGACUCAGGAGCCAAUUAUAAGUGUAGAGUUACCGGCUGAAAAUGUAAAUUCGGAACAACCGGGAAGUGUACCCAGUCACGAUACUGGAUUACCGGAAGAUUCCAUCGGUGAAGAUAAACCUACCGAGGCCUCAGUAACUGAACAAGAGACUAGUGAAAUUUCUGUUCCCGAACAGAAACCAACUGAUGACUCCACUUCUGCUGAAGGACGGCCCACUUCUUCAUCGGGUGAACAACAGCCGAUCGAAACCAUUGUUGAUCAAAAACCGACAGAAGAUGAACAACAAGAAACUGAAGGCCCCACUCCAUCCGAAUUGCCGACCGAAGCUGCGAUUACUGGCGAAGAGAAGCCAACCCAUGACUCUGAUACAGAAAGCAAGCCUUCUGUAGAGGGAACGAUUGAGCAAGAAACAAUAACUCCAAAUUCCGAAGAACCAAAUGAAGGUGAUCUUUCUGAGGGAAAACCGACCGAAACUGGUAUUGAUCAAGAGAUAGAACCAGAGGGUUCUCCCGUUGAAUCAAAACCAAUUGAGGGUUCAGUUGCAGAGACACUGCCAACCGAAGCAUCCAUUGCUGAGGAAAAUCCAACGCCAACUUUAAUCGACGAACAAAAACCGAUUCCAUCCCUUGAUGAUGGACAGAAACCGAUCGAUACUACUAUUCCCGAAAGUGAGCAUACAGACAUACCUAUUGUACAAGAAACACCAACAGAAGCUUCGGAAAAACCAGACGAGCCAUCUCAAGCUGAAAAUGAAACAACUGAUUCCUCUCCUGCCGAAGAAAAGCCAACGGACGCUUCCAUUUCUGAUGACAAAGUAAUUAGACUAACUGAUAGCGAACAGAAGCCAACUGACGUGCCAGUUGAAGACGAGAAACCAACUAAUAUCUCAGUUGAGGAACAAAAACCUACUGACAUUCCAGCAGAGGAACAAAAACCAACUGACAUUUCAGCCGAGGGAGAAAAACCAACUGACAUUCCAGCGGAGGAACAAAAACCAACUGACAUUUCAGCGGAGGAACAAAAACCAACUGACAUUCCAGCGGAGGAACAAAAACCAACUGACAUUUCAGCGGAGGAACAAAAACCAACUGAUGCCUCACUCGAGGAACAAAAGCCGACUGAUGCCUCACUCGAGGAACAAACGCCGACUGAUGCCUCACUCGAGGAACAAAAACCGACUGAUGCCUCACUCGACGAACAAAAACCGACUGAUAUUUCAGCCGAGGAACAAGAACCAACUGAUUCCUCACUUGAGGGACAAAAGCCAACUGAUAUUUCAGCGGAGGAACAAAAACCAACUGAUAUUUCAAUCGAGGAACAAGAACCAACUGAUGCCUCACUCGAGGAACAAAAGCCAACUGACAUUCCAGCAGAGGAACAAAAACCAACUGACAUUUUAGCGGAGGAACAAAAACCAACUGAUAUUUCAAUCGAGGAACAAAAACCAACUGAUGCCUCACUUGAGGAACAAAAGCCAACUGUUAUUUCAGUCGAGGAACAGAAACCAACGGAUGUUUCAGUCGAGGAACAAAAACCAUCUGAUAUCCCAGUGGAGGAACAAAAACCAACAGAUGUUCCAGUCGAGGAACAAAAACCAUCUGAUAUCCCAGUGGAGGAACAGAAACCAACGGAUGUUCCAGUCGAGGAACAAAAACCAUCUGAUAUCCCAGUGGAGGAACAGAAACCAACGGAUGUUCCAGUCGAGGAUCAAAAACCAUCUGAUAUCCCAGUGGAGGAACAGAAACCAACGGAUGUUUCAGUUGAGGAUCAAAAACCAACUGAUACCUUAGUUAAGGAACUAGAACCUACUGACGAACAACAAGUCACGGAAGAUGCUAUAACAAAUCAGAAAGAAACCAGUCUACCAACGUCAGAAGAAAAACCAACUAUUACCCCGAUUGCUAUAGAAAAUCCCACUGAAGGCACUAUCACUCAAGAGAAGGUCACCGAAGAACAACCAACACAGUCCCCUACUUCGGAAGCUGAAACUCCAGAAGUUGCAGCCGAAGAACAAAAACCAACUGAAGUUUCUGGAAUGGAAGAGAAAACUCCGGUGAACUCUUUGACGGAGCAAUCAGUUACAGAUGAAUCUAUUUCUGAUGAAAAACCAACAGAGGCUACCCACGUGGAUCACGAAAAGCCUGAGAUUUCCAUUAGUGACGAGAAGCCAACCGUUAUUCUUCCUACGGAAGAAAACCCUACUGACGCUUCUGUUGCAGAAGAAGAACAAAAACCCAUUGAGGAACAAAAACCAAUCGAUGAUUCAGUUGCCGUUGAGAAAGAUAAUGAACCUGCCGUCGAAAACCCGACCGAAUCAGCUAUUAGCGACAAGUCAACUGAGCCAUCAGUUUCCGAAGAGAAGAUACCAGAAACUCCAGAGACUCCAUCUACUGAUGAUAAACCUAACGAACCGACAAUUCCCACAGAUGAACAGACCAAAAUUCCUACCACUGAAGAAGAACCAUCUGAUGUGUCCGUGUCUGGAGAGCAGCCAACAGGUGAACCUGACCAAGAACCAACUCGAACUUCCACCAUUGAUGAACAAGUCAAAGAAACUGAGCCUUCUGAUACUGAGGGAACACCAGUUCAGCCAUCUGUUUCCGACGACGACACAAAUACUGCUACCCCUCUAGACGACAAAUUGUCGGAACAUUCUCCAACAGAAGAAGAACCAACUAACGCUCCAAUUGCUGAGCAGAAGCCGACUGAAAUUACCGUUGAGGAAGAGAAGGUUACUGAUACUGCUUCUAUAGACGCCAAGCCUACUGACGUUCCUUCAAGUGCAGAGAUACCAACUGGUACCCCUGUUUAUGUGGAGGAGCCAACAGAAACUGAAAUUGGGCAGGAGAAAUUGACAGAGAACCCUAUUUCGGAAGCUCAACCCACCAAUGUUCCAGAAGACGAAAAGAAACCAACUGAUACCUCAGUUGAGGAACAGAAGCCGACAGACAUUCCGAUUGAAGGAGAGAACAUAUCCAGUGCCCCAGUCGAUGAAUCGAAACCCAUCGACGUAUCUGUGACAGAAGAAAAACCAACUGACUCACCCAUUGUGAUUGUCACAGAAUCACAACCAUCUGAACAAAAGCAACCCGAAGAAUCUGAAGUCAGUCAGAAGCCUGAACCCACUCUUAGUGGAGGAAAGCCUACUGAAGGUUCUGUUGCUGAAGAAAAACCAACAGAAGUCGCGGUUGUUGAGGAAAAGCCAACUGAAGGAACUGCUGAAAGCGAAGGACCAGCUUCAUCAUCGCGACCUGAAGAAAAUCCUACCGAAAUCCCCAUCCUUGGCGAUAAACUGACGGAAUCUCCAAUUGAUGAAAGAGAGCCAUCAGAAGAACAACCGGUCAAAUCUACGCCAACUGAAGAAGAACCCACUAGACUUCCUGCAAUUGAUGCUGAAUUAACUGAGUCUCCAGUUUUUGAGGCGAAGCCAAUGGAACCAGUGAAACCCGAACAAGAGCCAACCGAAGCAGCUGUUCUUGAAGAGAAACCAAUCGUGACAUCGGAAACUCCAGAAAGUCAAGACAAGACUUCAGAUAUACCUGUGUCGGAGCAGAAACCAACUGAGUUAUCCGUUGAUGACGAAGUGCCAACCAGAAACGUUGAAGGAGAAAAUCCAGCCAAGCCAUCUGUGGACGAGCAAAGACCGAUUGAACCCAUCACUGCCGAAGAGGAACCGAUUCAGCCAUCACAAGAGGGACAAUUACCAACUCAAACAACAGAUGAUGAGGAACAAAAACCGAUCGAACCAGAACAAUCUGUAUCCUCUGAAACUCCCGUUGAAGUUGAAGGCACAGAACCAGCUGUCAUUGAACAUGAGAAACCAGACCUAGUUGGUGAUAAGUCCUCUCCAAUUAUUCCGGGUGAAGGUAACUGUCUCGUAGAUGGCCAAUCGUUCGCGAAUAAUUCAGCUAUCCCGCCAGCAAAUCUUUGCCAAGUUCGAUGCCAUUGCAUAAGCAGUAUCGUUCAUUGUGACCUCGUUGAUUGUCCUCCCCCACCCAGUCAUCUCACCAAUUGCAUGCCUGUUCAUACAAGCACUGAUUCUUGUUGUCCGAUAUACUCAUGUGAUUCUGUACCAACGGUCGAGUUGGAAUCGGGCAGCCAGAUGGCCGAACACCACGGUCCUGGUUAUGAAGAGAGCACAAAACCUGCUAUCAGUUUCGAAGAAGGUACUAGGCCUAAUGUGCCAGCCACUGGCGAGCACGCGGGAGAACCCGAAACAUCUGUUGAAGAUCACCCAGUGCAACCAAGCGACGAAGUGACACCGAGCUCUGAUGUGCACAACGGAAUACCUGUCGACGCAAAUACUGUCUCAAGCAAUGAACCUGAAGCUGAACUCGAUGAUCAAAAGACUGUUGCCCCUGAAUUUGAAGCAGGUGCUGAACCAACAACUCCCACGCGAGGCGAACCUGGAUCAACAGAUACCAAUGAGAUUCCCGAACAGCCGAUUGUUGAUGAAACUCCCAAACCCGAAGUAGCUAUCGAAACUGCCAGUCCUGUUGAUCAGCAACAAGGCGAAGAAGUUACACCUAUUGCUGGACAGGAACCUAUUAUUCCACAUGAUCAUGAGCAAACACCUUCCGAGACCCCCGAUAAACUGCCCACCGAAACUACCGUUUCAAGUGUCGAAGGUGUCAUUACUACAGGGGAGGACGAUAAAAGUGGUGAACCAGCCUCAGUUGAUGAGCAAUCCAAUAUCCCAGACAGUCCGGUCACAGAUGAAAAUACACCGGAUCUUACCACAGACAAAAAAGACACUGAAACCGAUACCCGACUUCCUGUGGAACCAAUUACCUCAGAUGAAGAACAAACUGAUGUCAGCGAGCCACAAUUACCUACCGUUGAAGGUGAAACAGAAAGUGCUAAGCCAACAGUUUCCGCCGAACAGGAAAGUGAGCCCGAGGAACCUGCCACGCCUACUAGAACAACUGGAGAUGAUAAAACUGCUAGGCCCGAUGAAGAACCGGCAACUUCAAUACCUGUCGUAGCUGGACAAGAAGGAGAACCAACUGGAGAUACAGUUCAACCAAUUGAAGAGGAUUCCUCCGCGCCAGUAGCACCUACGGGUGAAACUAGCACAGAGCAAUUACUCGAUACAACGGAGUCUGGUAGCCCGACAGGAGUUGACGAGCAUACUGACGUCACGCAACACCAAGAAUCACCUGUCAUAGACAGUCAGGAACAGACCAACGAGACCCCGGGUUCUGUCGAAACUACUGCUGAAGUCCAAACCGAUAAGGCCAUAGUGAAAGAUACAGAAGAUACUCCAUCGGAAGACCAGCAGCCUGAAAAGAAUGUUCCUGAAACUCAGCCCGGAUUAGAAACAGAGCCGACCGAGUCUACGGAACCAAUUGACGAAUCAUCUCCAACGGACCAAUCAGACUUGAAAAAGCCACUUGAAACUGGUGAAUCCAUAGUACCUGUUGAUAGUUCAACCGUAGGAUCUCUCCCUGAAAUUGAAGCUCCUACAGUCACUGUCCCUGCGGAAGUUUCGUCAGCUGAAUCUGAAUCACCUGACCAACCUCAAACAUCAGCACCAGCUUUGAGCGAACAAGGUGAGAAUAUCAUACCAGAAGGACCCACUGAAAACGACACUCCUGCUUCCCCAGCCACCACUGACCAUAUUGAGCCUGCUGAACCUUCUGACACCGAAACACCCGCUCUGCCAGCAAGCGAAAAUCAAAGCCCAAUUGAAGAAAUUAUACCAACUGAGGUGAGCGAACCAGUUGAGAAACCAGUCUCCACCGAACAACCACAGGAAACAGCAGCACCAACAAAGCAAUCAACCACCGACGAGCAGACUCCCAUUGAAACUGAAAUCCCUGAGCAGCAUGCGAAUGAGGAUGAUCAGACUUUAGAAGAAGUAAAACCAACGACUCAUUUGGCAUCGCCUGACGAUGCUGAAGAAGCAGCACAUGGCUCAGGCGUCGAAGAUCAGACUCCAGCAGUUAUUGAGCAUGGUAUUGAACCAAUUGAACCUGAAACAGCUGCAACACCUGUAAGUGAAGGUGAAGAAAGUGAACCUGCUGAACACCCAACAACUGGGCCAGUAUCGCAUGAUGACGAAGGCGCUGCUGCCCCUACUGUAAGCAGUGGAGACCAAAUCACUGACAUAGAGACGACAGCUGGGCCAGUUAAAUCCGACCAAACCGAAUCCACUGAAUCAAAUGGAGAAGAACCGACGGUUGUACCUGUCGAUCAUGAGAGCCCUGACACGCCUGUGACCGCUAUAGACCACAAGGAUGAAUAUCCAACUGAAGGCUCAGCUCCAAUUGAAAACGCCGGAUCCACUUCACCAACUGUGGAGAGCCAAACCUCUGGUGAAACUGAGGAGGCAACUGAAGGAGACUUAUCUGAACAUUCCGAAUCCGUCGAACCUUCCGUGAGCGCGACAAAUGCACCUGUUAUAGACGAAGAAUCAACAUCUGAAUCUGGAUCACCAGAUCAAGGUAUCAAGACUAGUGAGCCCAAGCCAAACGUUGAAGAUCACACGGCUCCAACAUCCGAGGUGGGAGAUGUAUCUUUGUCGCCGGAGGAUGCUGGAAGUCCUGCGCCGACCGUAAAUGAAGAAGGUGAAACUGCUUCUCCUGAAACGCCAAUUACGGAAGGAAGUCCUGAUCUAACCGAUGUUGAAACGCCCGCACCAGUCGUCGACACAGAAAACCAAAAGCCAGAGUUGGAAUCUGCUUCCGCUUCGCCCGAACAUGAUGCCACACCUGUCUCGCCUGUAAGCGAAGAAGAUCAAACUACUGUAGGACAGCAACCAGAAGAUCAACAUACGUUUGAUCAUGAUACUGAAACACCCGUGACAAUCGCACAUGCAGAAGAACAAACUGUUUCUAGUAAAGAACCUCAGCCAACGCCUGUCGUACCUGAUCAAACCGAAACAUCUGCAGAAGACGAAGGAGCAAAUGUUACUGAUCAGAAACCCGAUGCGGGACCCGUUUCAGAUGAUGAGCAAAAACCACUUCCUCCUACGGAGAGUAACGACAAGGAAAUCAUUCCUACAGAUGAGCCAGAAAAAGAAUCAGUUUCAGGUGGUGAAGCGGAAACCCCAGUGCCAACUAUUAGCAUUCCGGUCGAAGGCCCGAUAACGAGAGGACCAGUUUCCGAUGAUCAAACAAAAGAACCAGCUACAAGUGUAACUCCUGAGGACCAUAUCCAAUCGGGUGAUUCAACCUCGUCUUCACCUCUCGCCCCAGUUACGACAUCAGACGACGAUACCUCUCCAACAGCUGUACCUGCACAUCCGGAAAAGAAUGCUGAGGAAUCAGAGUCAACAGAGCAUCCCGAUGAGCAAACACCUAUUGUUAACGCUGAAUCGCCAACCAUUGCACCUGUUGCAACCGACAAUGCCGAGACACCUGUAUCGUCAGCACCUAAGGACGACGAAAUUACGCCAAUUGAACACGAUGAUACCGAAGCACCUGCGCCAACAUCAGGCACACCUGAUCAAACCAUUGCUUCUGAAGAGCCCACCGCUGGACCCAUUCCAACCGAAAAUGCAGAGGAACCCACAUCAACUCCGGACAAAGAAGGUGAAAUUAGUCCUACCGAACAGCAAUCGACAGCUGGACCAGUUUCACAUGACGAUUCCGAAACCUCAGCACCAACGGACAACACACAAGAAGAAAAUCCCACAGGACCGACUUUGAUCGAACACCCUGACACACCUACGCCAACUAGGGAAGCUGUUGUUACCGAUGAAGAACCAACCGAAGCAUCCGGUUCAUCUGAGCCCACUGAAACGCUUAGCCCGAGUGGAGAACCGGAAGACGAAACUGGCGAAUCACCAAAGCCCGUCGAACAAGACAAACCUUCUGAUGUUGCAACGGAAGAACCGGUAGCUCAACCAGCUCCGGAAGGAGAGUCCAGUAUCCCUGAACAAGUCCCGACGAAAUCGGCAGUUGAUGAACCGGCAAAACCGGAAACUGAACAACCUGGAGCAACUAAUGAACCAUCGGCAGAAGAAGAAAGACCAACAGACGUAACACCGGUCGAACAGAAGCCAGAGGAAACUCCAGUCGUGCCUGAUGUAGAAUCGCCCGUCAAGGUUGCUGAGGAGCCAUCAGCUGGCGAAGAAAGCCCCAUUGAGUCAACCAAGCCAACGUUAGCAGAGGAUGGAACACCACAAAGUGGACAUACGGAUCUUCCGAUACCUGAGGAGAAACCUGUCGAACCAGUCACCACUGCAACGGAAGAUCAAAAGCCAUCGGUAAGUGACGAGAGUGGGCAAACGUCGGAAGAGAAUAUUCCUGAAGAACAAACACCGGAAGUGAAUGCACCCGCGGAACCAUCUCCAAGUGCUGCCCCAGAAGAACCAAUCGAAGAAGAUCAACAUCAACAGGUUCAGACUCCCGAUCAAUUUGGAGAACUACCAGAACAACCAACGAGCGAUGAUACGGAAGGACAAUUAACGAUUGGACCCGACGAUCAUCCGGUACCGCCAAUCAAUGAACACAAACCACCAACAAAACCAGAUCAUUACGGUCAUCCGACCCCGAGCACACAAUCGACGUAUCCUGAACAGUCAGUCUCCGGAGAGGACAACAGUCACUUCCCGAUAAACAACGGAAGUUACUUGACUCCUGAGUCCGAAGGAGACGAUGGCGGUGAUGACUACGAUGAAGAUGACCAGGCAAUUUACGGACCAGGCACUUGCAGAUAUGGUGGAAAGGUCUACGUAUCUGCCCAACAGAUACCGAGAGAUGAUCCUUGCGACUUCUGCUUCUGUUUCCGAAGCGAUAUUAUCUGCCUACAGCAAAGUUGUCCUCCACCAAUUCAUGGUUGUCACGAAGAGCCUAUAAAUGGAUUCUGUUGCCCGAGGUACGAGUGUCCUGUUUCAAUGGCAACGUCACUGAAUCUUACGACAACAACAACGACGACGACAACAACCCUUCCACCUCACUUCUUGUCGCAUGCCUACAAGGGCGCUGCCAGGAGAAGCGGUUGCCAAAUACGUGGACUCGCAUAUCGAGUCGGAGAAGUCAUUCCAUCCGCAUCUGGUCCUUGCCUUCAAUGCACAUGCGGUGGAGACGGUAACAUGAAAUGUGAACCCCGAGUAUGCAGUCCAGAGCCGAUGUUGAGGCAAAUGAUCGCCGCGGCUACAGCCAGAAGGAGGAGAUGAGCUCUGGUAUAAAACGAUGGAACUCCCUCAUCUCAUUUGAGAUAAAAGAGCUGAUAUUAAAUUGAACAGUGUUGUAAAAAAGUGAAUUAAAAUUAUUUUAUAAUAAUUCUACGCGCGCGGAACACAGACAAUUAAUAAAGUGCCCGACGAAGACAAACUAUACUGAGUGGCCAAAACUUAAACAUUUUUUAUAUAUGUAUUUAUACACGGGUGUAACAGAAGAAAAAAAAAACAAACAACACAACAAUACACACAUACUAUAUAUAUAUAUAAAAGUAUAUACACUUAAAACAACGCCAACAACAAAAAUUCGAUUUAUCCGUAACUCGCACGUUUAUUGUGCCAAAAUAUAAAGAACGAAAGAAAGGAAACAAAAUAUCUAAGUUUUAUGGUAAUUAACGUUGCUCUUGUGUGUUGUACGAAAAUAUUUUACCGCAAAAAAAAAAUUAACAAAAAAUUUGCAAUAUAAAGAUAAAAACGUAAUAUUGCGGAGCUACGAAACAAACGAGACUAAUGACUGUGCCUUCGUCAGUGCCAAGUAAAUGAAACGAAAAAAAAAAUAACGGGCGCUUUCGCUUAGCGACAACAACUUACUUAGCCAUAUCACUGUCACAAACGUCAUCGCGAGAUAGAUAUUAUAGACGUAGAACGAUACCGAGCGCGUUAAAACGAGAUUAUAGAUAAAAAAUUAAAAGAAAACGAAUUGAAACAAGAAAGUAUAAAAAUGCAAAAAAAAUGAAAAACAAAAAAAAGUUUAAGAGAAAAAAUUCGAGAGCGGUAAGAAAAGUAUACGGAUAAAAGGGUAGUUGAUCGAGAUAUAAGAAACGAGAAAAAAUAAAUAAAUAAAUAAAUAAUAAAGAUGAGUAAAAGACGAGAUAGUUAUAAAUUAGAUAGCCGCGCGCCACGAUUUAUAACGGCUGCUCAAAAAUCUGCAAAAUGAUUUUCAAUAAAUGAGCACGCAUGAUUCGGGGUUUUUUUCUACAAGGAUUGACACGCUAAUACAUAAAUAUAUACAUACAUAUAUAUAUAUUUUAUUAUCUGUCUAUCCUCAAAUAUGCAUUUUACCUCCGAUUAUCCGUAAACAUCCGUUAUAAAUCGUGACGAAACGAGAUUAAAAAAUAAAAAAUUAAAGAAAUAAAUGAUAAUAAUAAUUAAACUCGCACUCACUAUGGUAAUGAUAAACGUACACACAACUUCAAAGCUCAAACAACGGCUCGCACGGAGGACCGGAAGUUCAUUUAUAAUUUAAGAAUGCUUCUCCGGCGAGCUGGUAUCAUAUAUAUAUAUAUAUAUAUAUAAUAAUAAUAUAUAUGAUUCUUUAUACACUAUACUCUCAAUAUAAUUAAUGAAUAAAUAAUUAAUUGAUUAUAAGUAAUCCUACAAUUUACUAUACCAACCGUAUGAAAUUCUUCUUUGUUCUUUUGCUUCAAAGUAUCGCUAGACCGAUUGUUAUUAUUCUUAUUACUAUGAUUAUGAUUAUGAUUAUUAUUAUUACAUUAAUAUUAUAUUAAUAUUAUUAAUAAUAUUAUUACUAUUAUUAUUGUUACUAUAUUUUAUGUUAUUAAUGUUAUCACGUACAUCACAAAUUCGAAUCGCAACAAUUAAGAAUACUAUAAUUUUUUUUUUUUUUUACUCUCUACUAAAAUUGAUUUUUAUUUAUUCUGUUGAAUAAUUUUCUGUUCUUUUCGUGUAGUUUCAAAAAUUUCAAGGAAAUUUGAGCGCACAUCAAACAGUCAAGCGCACAACUAAACAUAUUUUAUACACAACUGAAUAGAUAAUUAUACAGUACCAUAUGCAAUUGUAGUUGUCGUAUGUAUUCGUCGAACUUUGAAGCUCUCGAACAAAGUGACAUAGGUGAUAUUAUACUAUAUAUAUACAUAUAUAUACAUUAUACAUUAUGCAUAUAAAGAUAAAUAAAGGCCCGUGUCAUCGUACGAGACUUAAUUUUUAGCAUAUCUAUACAAUUAUACUGUCUGUAUUUAUAUACAAAUACAUAUUACAAGAGAGAUCCCAAAUGAGAUCCGAAUGAAAAAAAAACCUAAAAAAAAAUGCUAAAACUGCAAAAAAGUAACAAACAAAAAAAUGAAAUAAGAUAAAAUAAAAUAAGGAAGCUGAAAAAUCGAAUAUUAUAGUAAAAUAUACGAGCCGGCCUUCCUCAAAAUAAAACCCUAAAGUCUAUACAUAAAUGUAUAUGAAAUAUUAUAUCACGUACGCCUAUAUAUAUUAUAUAUAUCGUAUAGAAUUCUACCUUGCUGUACGGUCCGGCUACGAUCCGGAUCGUUCGAUCGAGAGAAGCUUGCCAUUUUAUUACGCCCGGUAUAUAAAAUUUAUUACGUUUUGUUUGAACUUAUUUUUCCUUUUUUUUUCUCGUCUCUUGACUCCUGCGUAUAUAGACGAAAUUAUGGAACAUUAUUAUUACUCUUAUUAUUAUUAUCAACGACGACAUGACUAUCAUUAUUAAUAUUAUCAUGACUCGGGAAAUUUAAUUGUUAAAAGUGGCUUCUAACCCUUGAACGUUCGGACUAGCCCGACCCCUGUGUAUAUUUUGCAUAGCGAGACGAUUCUCCUGGAACGUGCGUCCCGAAAUUUUUCAAUAAUCCUUAUAGGAUGUACGACAAAACAGGGAUGCGGGAAAAUUUAUUCCGGCGGAUAAGCACGCUGACAAUGAAUAGAAAUUCGAUCCGGUGAAAAUUGUUUUCGGAUUUUUUUCUUCCUUUUUUUUUUGUUAUCUCGUUGCUUUUUUUACUCCACAUCACUGAGAAGAAUUUCGGAAUCCAUCACAUUCUACGCUGCUUGAUAUUCAAACCUCCCCCGACCCACCCGACCCGUGUACCAAA